UCCAGGCACCAUACAACUUUUCAGCUGUCAGGCAACAUCGUCUGUUACAUCUAUUUACUAAAAGGAAACAAACAAGCUGAAAAGAAAAAGUAGCAGGCAGUAGUUUAAGCUAUUUUUUUUUUCAUAGAAGAUUAGGUUUGUUCCCACUAAACCUGCUUAGAUAAAAAGAAGAGAAAUGAACGGCAGUGCUGUCCUAGCUGAUAUAUGAUUUUUAAAGCGUCCUUACCCAUGUAACAUUUUGGUCUUUUCGUAUUGAUGGUGGUUACAGCGUUAAAGGGGCAGAUGGUUUUGUUCCUGUCUAUGGGACUCUCUACAUUAUGAUUGCAAUGUGAUCAGUCGUGGUUGGAGACAGCCCUUUGAAGAGGCACACUUUUUAUUUUCUUCUUCUUUUUUUUUUCUUCUUAUUUCUUCCCAUUCUGCUUUUCUUUUGCUCAUGUUUGUUGGAGCCACUGAGUCGUCCAGCGAGAGAGAAGCUCAGAACUUUGGUGGGGAGAAUGAGGUUCUUAGAAUCUUGCUGAUCGGAACCCUUCAGAGAAAGAAGAGCUCUGUCUUCUACUCCAGGACUUCAGGGGUGACUGUUGAUCAAGCCGCUGGUUCUUCCCCUCCUCCUUUUCUUUUUUUAUGCCAGUGAUGUUGAAUUUGAGUUGGUGGUGCCUGGCGCUGAGCAGGAUCUGCCUGCUGAUUCCCUGUGCUUUGGUCCUGGCCAGGGUCCCUGUCUCUUCCUCACACCCUCAGCCUUGUCAGAUCCUUAAGAGAAUCGGACACACUGUAAGGAUCGGGGCUGUCCAGCUCCAACCUUGGAGAACUAGGGGGAUCCCAACCCAGUACUCCCGUGCCUGGCCUGAAAAUGAAAUAGCGCUUCAGAAAAUGGGAGCAGGUCGUGACCAGGAUGCUGAUGAGGGUGAUGGGGUGGAAGGAGUGAGUCGGCCAAGAGGAGAUGACAGCAAGCCUGAGUUGGAUGGAGCCAGUCUGGAUAGAAAGUGGAACCAAAGCCCACGGAGUUUUAUUGGCUAUAGAGGUGGGGAUGAGUUGCUCUUUCCCAGGGAUGCUCUACUUUUGGCAAUGGAUAACUUGAAUCGGGUGCCAGGUCUUUUGCCCUACAAUCUGUCCUUGGAGGUGGUGAUGGCCAUAGAAGCUGGGCUAGGGGAUCUGCCCAUACUUCCAUUUUCAGCAUCACCCAGUGCUUCUUCCUGGAGUAGUGACCCGGUUUCCUUCCUGCAAAGUGUCUGUCACACUGUGGUGGUCCAAGGAGUCAGCGCCAUCCUCGCCUUUCCCCAAAACAAAGGGGAGAUGCUGGAAUUGGAGUUUAUAUCUUCAACUCUGCAAAUUCCAGUUGUCAGCAUUGUGAGGAAUGAGUUUAGACGAAAAAGUGAGAAUCCACUUCACCUACAGCUCAGUCUUGAAAAUUCACUAACAUCAAAUGCUGAAGUAACCUUUCACAUCUUGACCAUGAACAGCUGGUAUAAUUAUAGUUUGCUGGUUUGCCAAGAAGACUGGAAUAUAACAGAUUUCCUAACGUUGACUCAGAAUAAUUCUAGAUUUCACCUUGGAUUAAUUAUAAACAUCACUGUAAAUGUUACUCUAAAUAAUUACAUUAUUAGCUACCUGCAACUGAACUUAGAAAGCAUAAAAGAUACCACAACCACAAUUGUUAUAUUUGGAUGUGACAUGGAAGACACAAGAAGAAUCUUUGAAAUUGCUUCCCAAUUUGGAAUAGUGCUGCCAGAAUUCCAUUGGAUUUUGGGAGAUUCACAACAUGUCGAUGAGCUAAGAACCGAAGGAUUACCAUUGGGACUCAUAGCUCAUGGAAAAACCAGAGAGUCUUUCUUUGAACACUAUGUACAGGAUGCAAUGGAACUUAUUGCCAGAGCCGUUGCAACAGCUACAAUGGACCAGCCAGAACUUGCACUAAUUCCCAGCACGACAAACUGCAUGAACCGAGACAAUAUGAAUCUCACUUCUGGGCAGUAUUUAUCAAGGUUUUUAACUAAUACCACAUUUAGUGGAGUUAGUGGACACAUCAAGGUGAAAGAGUCAUCCAUUGUAAACUCUGAAAACCAUUACUUUAUUUGGAAUCUACAGCAUGAUCCUCUUGGCAAGCCAAUGUGGACUCGACUUGGGAGUUGGCAAGAUAGAAAAAUCAUUAUGGAUUAUGGGUUGUGGCCAGACCAAGCACAGAGGCACAAAAAUCAAUAUCAACAGCCUACUCGACUCCACCUCAGAGUUGUCACUUUGGUAGAACAUCCAUUUGUGUUUACAAGAAAUGUAGAUGAUGAUGGCCAGUGUAUAGCAGGACAACUGUGCUUAGAUCCCAUGACAAAUGAUUCAGGUGUACUCGACAGCCUAUUUGAAAGCCUACAAAGUGAUAAUGACACAGUGCCAAUUGAAUUCAAAAAAUGCUGCUAUGGCUACUGCAUUGAUUUGUUAGAAAAAUUGUCAGAAGAUAUGAAUUUUGACUUUGACCUAUACAUUGUUGGGGAUGGUAAAUAUGGUGCAUGGAAAAAUGGCCACUGGACAGGACUUGUAGGUGAUUUACUUGGCGGUGCAGCCCACAUGGCAGUGACAUCAUUCAGUAUUAACACAGCAAGAAGUCAAGUCAUCGAUUUCACCAGCCCAUUCUUUUCCACUAGUCUGGGUAUUUUAGUAAGGACCAAGGAUACUGCUGCUCCAAUUGGAGCAUUUAUGUGGCCACUUCAUUGGACGAUGUGGCUUGGGAUAUUUGUGUCUCUUCACAUUACUGCAAUAUUCCUCACACUUUAUGAAUGGAAAAGUCCAUUUGGUAUGACUCCAAAGGGCAGAAACAGAAGCAAAGUAUUUUCAUUUUCCUCUGCAUUAAAUGUGUGUUAUGCUAUACUCUUUGGCAGGACGGCAGCUAUCAAAACACCCAAAUGUUGGACCGGGAGGUUUCUAAUGAAUCUAUGGGCUAUUUUUUGUUUAUUUUGUUUAUCGACAUACACAGCUAACCUUGCAGCAGUCAUGGUAGGAGAGAAAAUAUAUGAGGAACUUUCUGGCAUACACGAUCCAAAGCUGCAUCAUCCUUCCCAGGGAUUUCGGUUUGGUACAGUUCGAGAGAGCAGCGCAGAAGGUUAUGUGAAAAAAAGCUUUCCAGAGAUGCAUGAAUACAUGAGACGAUACAAUGCACCCUCAACUUCAGAAGGAGUAGCAUUUUUAAAAAAUGAUCCAGAAACACUAGAUGCAUUCAUCAUGGAUAAAGCACUCUUGGACUAUGAGGUGUCCAUAGAUGCAGACUGCAAGUUACUGACAGUUGGCAAACCAUUUGCAAUCGAAGGCUAUGGGAUUGGUCUUCCUCCGAACUCUCCACUGACAUCAAACAUUUCCGAAUUGGUCAGUCAGUAUAAGUCAAGUGGAUUUAUGGACAUGCUACACGACAAGUGGUAUAAAGUAGUACCUUGCGGAAAAAGAAGUUUUGCCGUCACAGAAACUCUACAAAUGGGCAUAAAACAUUUCUCCGGGCUGUUUGUGAUGCUCUGCAUAGGAUUUGGAUUAUCUAUCCUCACUACCAUUGGAGAACAUAUUGUAUUUAAAUUGGUUUUGCCAAGAAUCAAGAAGAAAUCAAAAUUGAAAUACUGGCUUCACACUAGUCAGCGUCUUCAUAGAGCUAUAAAUACAUCAUUCGAUGAAGAAAAAUUUCAGCAGAAAUUAACAAGACUGGAAAAAAGGUGUAAUACAGGAAAUAGCCAGCCUAGAGUGUGGAAUACAUAUAACCAAAGCAGUUGCAACAGAAGGAAAUAUAUAUUUAAGGAAGCACAUAAUGAAUUGAGCUUUAGACACCAGCAAGAUUUGCCUCUGCCUCAAUUAAGGAGAGAACCCCCCAAAUUACUUACCACCAACGGAAAAGCUGAAUCUCUUAAUAUACCUAGGAACUCCGUAAUGCAGGAACUCAAUGAAUUGGAAAAACAAAUUCAGGUUAUUAAGCAAGAUUUGCAAACAGCGAUUAACAGGAAAAAUGAACUGGAAGAAUAUCAGAAGAAAAAUAGGACUGCGGAAUCUUAGGAAGCACCUUAAUCUAGAACUAUCAAACCAACAAAACAACUGUACUGAAGACAGAUACUAUGUGUGUUCUGUGGACUUCAGGCAACACCAAGUGGCAACAUUUCUUUACUCUUAAUUCCUAUUGAGUUUGUUUGUCUUUUUGUAUGAUUCAACCUGUAUUUCUUUAGUCUAUGUGAACUGUUAGCCAGUAUGAAAAAUGUGACCUUGGACUCUUUUAAAACCCAGAACCACAUUUGCGCUCGUAUCCCUCCUACGGCAUAAAAUGAAGAUUUUCACCUCUAAACCCCUUAAUGUGCAUUAAUAAAACUGAAAAUGAUUUUGAAUUAUCUCUGCUGUGUCCUUUUGCUAGUAUUUUUAAAUUUUAUGAAGGAAAUUUGCAUUUAAUGUGUGUCUCUGAAAUUGAAAUUUCAGCAGUUUGAGGUUAGUGGAGAAUGAGGGUGAGAAAUUAAUUACUCGUCUUUACUAUAAUGGACUUCGAAGGAAGCUCGACAAAAUAUUUGAUGAAACCUAAAAUUGAUUACAUUUUUGAAGAGGUCAGUGAAAGACUAUAAUAGAGAUCUUAUGUUUAUUAGACUUUGUGGAUAUUUGUAGAGUUUCCACGGAACAUUUUGAAUUAUGCUAUUUUAUUUUUUACAGUAGUUGAAUCAUGUGAAAAUUAAAACUUUGUAUGAAUAAAAAA